UUUUGGAAAAUUCACCACAACGCACCCGCCGCUUUUGACGGGCCUAUGGACUGUGCUUCAUACACGCCGAGUGACUGCUUCCUUGGCGCCAUAAACCUGGACAGCACAGCUCGAACCCGCUAGGAGACCAGCUACCGCCACGAGCCUGCGGUUCGCGCACACUUGGAGAGUCGCCGUCCGGCGAGCACGUUCCGCUGUCCUCGUGGCCUUCCCUCGCAAUGGCUCCCCCCCUCGUGCCUCGGCGAAGCCUGCUCGUGCUGCCGUGCCUCCUCCUCUCGCUCUCCAUCUUCGCCACCACCCCUCUCGGCCAUACCUCGCAAUCGACCCGUUCUCGUUCCCCCUCGCCCGUUGCUACAUGGCGCGCAAUGCGCGAGGUGGCGCGGCCGGCGGAGGGGCGCUGGCAAGCGCCGUGGAUGGGGGGAGGCGGAGCGGGGAGCGGGCGCGCGGCGGUGCACGGGCUGACCCACCGCGCACUGAGAGAGGGCAGAGAGCGGCAGUCCGCCCAAUACCACAUCGACGCGUCGCGCAGAGCGCGCCGUCGCCUGCUCGCCCCGCCCUCGCCCGCCGCCGCUGCUACGUCCGCGGCGGGGAUUGGUAGACCCGCGCGCCGCAGGCUGGGCGGAGGCGGAAGCAGCAGCGAGGGCGGAAGCAAGGCGGAGCAGAGCGGCAGCGCGAAGGGCGUGGGGCAGUCGGCGCGCGACCCUAGCAGCAGCAACGGCGGGGGGACAGGCACAGGGGGCGCAGGAGGCGCAGGGGGCGCUGGCGGCGCCGGGGGCGCGGGCAGCGGGGCGCUGCUGGGGCCGGUGGGCGCGGGGAAUGGGUCGUCCGUGGUGCCGUACGGCAUGUGGGGGCUGGCGCUGCCCACGGGGUCGUACUACCUGAACAUCACAGUGGGCGAGCCGGGGCAGUCGGUGGCGGUGGUGAUGGACACGGGCAGCAGCCUCAUGUGGCUGCCCUGCGACUGCAUCGACUGCUCGCACGACGACAGGCUCGCCAUGACGGCGUACGACUCGGCCAAGUCGCCCAACUCCUCCAUCGUGCCGUGCAGCAGCCCCCUCUGCCUCGCCGACUACACCUUCGGCUGCAACCGCUUCGACGCGCCCCCCGCCCCGGCCCCCUCCUCUGGCGGGCUGCUGGGGGCUCUCCUGGGGGGGGGAGCAGAAGGGGGAGGGGGCGAAGGGGGAGUGGCGGGGGGCGAGGGGGAGUGCGAGUUUGUGUACUCGUAUGCGGACAACAGCAGCACGAGCGGGCGCGUGAUGCUGGACACCAUGGACCUGCCGUCCGUCAGCGAUGGCAUGAUAAAAGAGAAGAUGCUCUUCGGGUGCGGGCAGUACCAGUCGGGCAACCUGGCGAAGGCGAGCUACAUCUACGGGCUGCUGGGCAUGGGCAUGGGGCCCAUCUCGCCGCUCACGCAGCUGUACACAGGCGGCCACGUGCCCUUCGCGUUCGCCUUCUGCCUCGACUCCGCCAACGACACGGGCUCGCACCUCGUGCUGGGCCGCUCGCCGCACCCCCCCACCAUGCGCACCACCAGCCUCCUGCCCUCCGCCAGCCGGCCGUUCUACUUCCUGGACGUGAUGCAGAUGAGCAUCGCGGGCGCGGUGCUGCCGGGCAGCGAGGGGCUGUCAGGCACGGACAGCAAGGGCGGGGUGAUCGUGGACUCAGGCACCACGCUCACCAUCCUGCCCAGCGACCUCUACGCCGCCAUCCUGCAGACGGUGUUUGCGGGGCGGGAGGUAUUCUACAUCCCCGAGCUCAGCCUCGACUGCAUCGUGCUCGGAUUCUUUGACGCCACCCCGCCAGCAUUCCCGGCCAUCCACAUGGAGCUAGCAGACGGGGCUGUGUGGAGCAUUCCCUCCGUCAACUACCUCCACAAAUUCGACGACGGGUUUGACCAGUACUACUGCGCGGCCAUGAUGGCUGCUCCUGAUGGCUUUGCUGUGUCUGUCAUCAUCGGAGAGACGUGGCUACAGGACACCUACGUGUCUAUAGACAUCGAGAAGAAGCAGCUCGGAUGGGCCCCUCUUAACUGUUCAUCAGGCGAGUGCCUGACAUUCAACUACACGCGCGACCCCUUUGCUGACAUGGUGUAUCUGCUGCCCCCACCAGCCGCCCCCGCCCCGUCACCACCAUCGUCUGUGCUGCCCUCGUGGGGCGACCCCGCUGCCCCCUCGUCGCCAGCAGCCUCCAACGACUCGGCCAAUGCCAAUUCCUCCUCUUCUCUCUGGCCAACAUCCAUAUGGAAAGGCUCUCAUCACUCCAUCGCGCCUCACUUCCCGGCUCCCUGUACAGUUCUUGUUGGUUUCCUGCUGCUGCUUUUAUGAUGGCUUGUUUGAUUUGCCACCAGCAGCCACUUCCAAACCCAAACGGGAAUGUGCGUGUGAAUGCUGAAGGAAUACUACCGUUGCAGCAUCUCCCUGCUACUUUAUUGCAAGUAAGGCAAGUUUUGGAACUCGGAAGUUCCAAGAUGGAACUGCAUGGUGAGCUGUGUUAAAAGAGCUAGAAAGGUUCUAGCUAGGAGUAGGAGGAGGAGCCAUGGAAAUGGCGAGAGGUUUUAGGCUAGGAAAGGUGAGGAGAGAAAAGGAGUCGAGAAUAGAAUAGAGAAGGAUACAAGGAGCAGGGCUGACGUUUCAAAAAAAGGCACUCUGAGCCAAUCCCCCCAAAAAACAAAAUAGUCUGAA